AUGUCUCUGUGUGUGUCGUCCACCAUCGUCCUGCUGUCUCUGCUCUCGGCCCCUGCCCUGGGACAGCUGGACAUGAACCGAUUAGACGGUGACACUGUUUGCCCACCCAUGAGAAACGGACAAGAUGACCUUCCAGGUUUCGAUCUGAUCACCCAGUUCCAGUUGGACGUCAUCCCCCUGAAGGGCGUCAGGAAAGUGGAGGGCUCCACAUCCCACCAGGUGGCCUACCGGCUCGACAGGGAGGCCAACUUCCAGAUUCCGACACGACUUAACUUCCCUCGCGGCUUCCCUGAAGAGUACUCCUUCAUGACCACCUUCCGGAUGAUCAAGAACACCGUGAACAAAGUGUGGAACCUCUGGCAGAUCGUGGACGAGACCGGGGUCAAGCAGGCCGGCCUGCGUCUCAACGGGGACCAGCAGUCCCUGGAGUUCUUCCUGACCACACUUGACGGCGACCUCCAGACGGUGACCUUCCCCGGCCUCUCCGUCCUCUUCAACACCAAGUGGCACAAGGUUAUGGUCGGCGUAGAGAGGGACCAGGUCACCCUGGCCGUGGACUGCCAGCCGGUGGACCAGAGGCCCAUCAAGGAGAAGGGCUACAUCAAUACUGAGGGUGACACCCUCAUCGGCAGGCUGGAUGCUGACUCAAGCACUUCCGUAGUGUUUGAGCUUCAGUGGAUGUUGAUUCAUUGCGACCCGAAGAGAGCCCAGAGAGAGACCUGCACUGAGCUCCCUCAGACUGAGAUGUAUGCCAAUGCUGAGCCCGAUAAGCCCGUGGUCGGCGCUCCAGGCGUGGCAGGACCAGAGGGGCCUCGUGGGCCUCAGGGAGAGGCUGGCAGAGACGGGAGAGACGGUCUCCCGGGCACUCCUGGUACCAAUGGGGCAAAUGGAGCCAAAGGAGAGCAAGGAGAGAUUGGCCUGCCUGGACAAAGAGGUGUUCCUGGCCUUCCUGGGUCGCCUGGUUUGAUGGGGCCAUUGGGGCCGAGAGGAUCUGUGGGCGAGAGAGGACUACCUGGUUUCCCAGGGCCUGCUGGACCCGCCGGUGCUGAGAAGCCUGGACCUCCUGGCCCUCCAGGGAAGAACGGCACUCCAGGAGAUGAGGGCAACAUUGGACCUGAGGGCCCACCAGGACCCAGAGGAGCUCUCGGUCUGCCAGGCCCCCCCGGCGUCGCCGGACCUCCAGGGCCAGCGGGCCCUCCUGGGGCAGGCUCCAACGCAGAUGGGGAGCCUUGUGAGGCCGCCUGUCCCGCCGGCCCUCAGGGGAUGCCAGGCAUGCCAGGGAUGAAGGGACAUAAAGGUGUUGCUGGUACCCCAGGUGAUCCAGGCGCAGCCGGAGAGAAGGGAGAUCAAGGAGUGGCAGGAGAGGCAGGACCUCCUGGGCGCAUGGGAGAUGACGGUCAGAGAGGGCCUAUUGGAUUUGAAGGCGCCGCUGGAGAGAAGGGAGACAGGGGUCCUCCAGGUUACAAUGGCAUCCCAGGGCCCACUGGACCCCCCGGAGCUCCCGGUGUGGAGGGCAUCAGAGGUCGUGAGGGUCACGAGGGGCCUAAAGGUGACGAGGGAGCAGCUGGCCCACAUGGAGAGAGGGGAAUUGCCGGCCCAAGAGGAGAAGCCGGAGAGCCUGGCGUGGACGGCUUGGAUGGACUUCCAGGAUUCAAUGGAACCAAAGGAGAACCUGGCAUACCUGGACCAUCUGGCGUAAGGGGCAUCGUUGGAAUACCCGGGUUGCCUGGGAAACAAGGACUUAAGGGAGUAGACGGUGUCAAGGGUGACACAGGAGCUGUAGGACCAGUGGGACCCAUUGGGCUUACAGGCAAAACAGGUGAAACAGGAGAAACAGGCAAAGACGGCACACCUGGAGCCAAGGGAGCCACUGGUGAGACGGGGAAGCAGGGUCCAGUGGGAGUGACAGGACUUCCUGGCGACCAGGGAGAGAAGGGAGACAGAGGUCCUAUCGGCCCCAUCGGGUUCAAAGGUCACACCGGACUGAAAGGAGAUCAGGGUCCUAUUGGCGCAGUGGGUCCAAAAGGAAGUGAGGGUGACCCGGGACUGCAGGGUGAUGCAGGUGUCAAGGGUGACCAGGGUCCCCCUGGUAUUCAAGGACUUAAAGGCGAGCGCGGAGAGAAGGGACAGCAGGGUGCCGUGGGACUUGACGGACGUCCCGGACAGCCCGGCCACGAGGGACAAACUGGCCCGCAGGGCGCACGCGGACUAGAGGGGGACAGUGGAAUAGCAGGACCUCCAGGGCCCCGGGGUCUGCCUGGCCCUAAACUUGCUGAUGAGAAAAUUAGAGCCAUGUGUGCUGCAGUGGUUGAAGAGCACCUUGACGCCUAUAAGAAAGAGCUAGCGAUGAAACCUCUGCCCAUCGGUGCUCCAGGAACCCCCGGGCCUGUUGGGCUCCCUGGUCCCCCCGGACCCGCUGGUGCUAACGGGGAACCCGGCGCCAGAGGAUUCAUGGGUCCUAAAGGUCCUCCUGGAUUCUACGGCCUACCUGGUAAACCAGGUGCCAAAGGUGAUACUGGAGACAAAGGAGAUAAGGGAGAAGAUGGCGUAGGUAUCAAGGGAGGCCAAGGAGAGCCAGGAUCUCAGGGUGAGGCUGGCAUCCCCGGCGUCGGCAAAGAUGGCAAAGACGGUGCCCGCGGCGAAGCUGGAGCCGCUGGCCUCCCCGGAUCCCCCGGCUCCCGUGGCCCCACAGGCGCCCCCGGCCUGUGUGACCCCUCCACCUGCGGGGGCAGACCCCAGCCCCUCUACCUGAUGAGCGGGAAGAAGCCCUACUACCACAAGGGCCACUGAACAACAGCGCACUCAACGUCACGGAUAAGCUUCGUCACCACCACCAUCAUCCCCGGGGUCCUCUCAGCCAAUCGGAUGAAGAGGACGGGGACCACCGUCCACAAGGGGAACGUCAAGACGUCUCCGCAUUAGCACCGCACACA